AUGAGAGCCUCUCGCUAUACCAACACCCGUCAGAAGUCAUGUCGGCAAUGCUACAGCGCCAAGGCUCGUUGCGAUCGCGUCCAGGGUGGGUGCGCCCGAUGCGCUCAGCGCGGCCUCGUCUGCGCUUACCCCCAGGCAAACGCGAAGCCGUCGACACUACGCUCCGGCGCCCCAAUCCCGAGCCCGGCUUCAGAGAUCUCACUCGCUCCGAGCUCAUCUGGAAUCACGACAGAGUCUGUUGUCGCUGCAAACGCGUCGCAUCGGACCACUAGCCCUGACGCUUCCAGUGCUUCCGCAGAUGAGGCCGACUUGCGCCACGGCCUCGAUUUCUCCAGCCUGAAGCUUACCUGCCCCAUUGACGUAGAGAGGAUCCAGAACCGAUGGCUCAACCCCUUUAUCGAGCAGCCGGAUCAGACAAUCAAGAAGUAUCCGCCCAUGAUUGCACGCUUCGUCUUUCGCAUCCUCAAGUCGUACGCCGCCAUGGCAGCGCGCGGCCGCGUCGAGUUGCCAUUUAUCCAUCCGACUUUGAUGGAAGUGCCGAGCUCACACCUCGCGACGUGCAUGAGCCUAGCCCGUGUCAGCGACAAUCCACGGCCCGGAAGCGAAGCUGUGGCAGCGGCCAUUCUCCAGCGAGAGAUGGAUGCCAUUACGGUGCAAGACCAAGACGAUGCUGAUGACCUGACCGCCCUUGCUGCCUUUCAGGCUUAUCUCAUCUACAUCUUGAUUUUAUUCUUCCGCCUGAAACAGGGACCCAGUCCGUUCUUUCGCAGCGCAAUGACGACUCUGCAGGGCCUAGCCUGUGUCUCGUCACGAAUGGGCCUUGUCUGCGCCGCCGAUGCCACGCACACACGACCUCGAUGGGAGGAGUGGAUCGUCGCCGAAUCGAAGCGAAGAUCGCUCUAUGUCAUGUAUUUGCUGGACAAUGUUCUUUCGGACCAGGAAAACCUGCCCACAUAUCUCGGCACAGAGCUGCGCGGCCUGCCUGUCCCCUCCAGCAAGGCGCUGUGGCAGGCGCCGACCCGCGCGCGGUGGGAAAAACAGUACAAUGUGUUUCUGGCAGAGUGGUCGGACAACAAUCUCGCCAUAGACGAGCUCUGGCCGAUUCCACCACAGAUGGACGAUGCGGGCAUUGCUCGGCGGCGGAGGCGCGUAGACCAUUGGCUAGAGAACUUGGACGAGUUUGGUACCAUGUUGCUGACCGUGACUGGAAUGACACAUGGGACCUUGUAA